UAAACCUUCACGCCAAAAAGAAAAGUUUCGCGAACUUCAGCUGGAUAUUAACUGAUGCCAUGUAUUUUACUCAAUUGCGUGUCAUGAACAAUACAUGUGGAUUAUCGCAUCAACACGGCGGGCUCCUGCUCCAGCCGGUCUGGGACUAUUUUCUUCAUCGCAGAGAGUGGCUCUUGUCACCUUACCUUGCCGCGGGUGUCGCUUUCUUCAGCCACUUACUUAUAUGCGCACCUUUCCUGGCGUUGGACGUCGUGCGCUGCCGCUGGUUGGCACUAAACCGUUACAAGAUCUCCGGCAACAGCGAGUUAGCCGUAUGCGUGCGUCUUUGGUUUAACUCUGUCCUAAGGAUAUUUUGGAACUACCUGAUCUGCAUCCUUCCAGCAACGGUUAUUCUGCAUCGACUUCGAAGUUCGAAGAUGCCUGCCCUGGCUCCAACCUGCUGGCAGGCGCUGUGGCAGAUAGCUUCGAGCUUAUUCCUGUUCGACGCUCUGUUCUACUUCUGGCACGUCGUGAUGCAUAGGGUUCCUUGGCUAUACCGGCGCGUGCACCAAGCGCAUCACCAGAACCCGGACGUGUUUGCGCUGACUGCCCAAGACGCCAGCGCAGUCGAGCUGCUGUGCCUCCAAACGAUUGCCCUGUGCAGCGCCACGCUGGUCGGCUGCCACCCUCUAAGCGAGAUUAUCUUCCACCUGCUCAACAUGUGGCUGGCCGCGGAGGACCACUGCGGAUACGACCUACCCUGGGCCCUCCACAAGAUCCUGCCGUUCUUCGGCGGGGCUCCCUUCCAUCAGUUGCACCACCGGAAGUUCCGCGGAAAUUACGCUCCCUACUUCAAGCACUGGGACCGGUUGUUCGGCACAGAGUUGACAGAGGAAACGCCGUGAAAACAGAAUGAAUGUAUUAUUAUUAUUAUUAUUAUUAUUAUUAUUAUUAACAACAAAAACAACAGCGGUUGGACCCAUGAUCUUGCAGUCAUAAGCCGCGUUUCCACCGCAGGAACUUUACCCCGGAACUAGGAACCUUUUGAGGAACUCAGUGCUUUUCCACCGCAGGAACUAGGGUCUAAAUUUAGUUCCUAAAAGUUCCGGGUUUGGUGGAAACGCGGCUUUAGUUCCUUGAAAAGUAGUUCCUGGGACUAAAAGUUCCGGGUAAUUUUGGUGGAAACGCGGCUAUAGUAAUGUUGUUCACAGCCACAAGGACAAUUACUGAUAUAAAGAAGUAGAGUAUAGUGCAUUUAUCUACAGCUUUUUAUCUCAUGAUCUCAAAUGACUUUACAGAGAGUAAAGAAAACUGCAGACAAUGUGUCAUCCACUGACAAGGUUGCCCGCUUGGUGUUAGAGCCAGAUUGGGAUUUUUUAAAUCUGGCCACUGGAAUCCUUCGUAGUCUCUGGGACAGGCAGCAUGGGAUCUUCAGUCAACACAGAGUUACAAGAACUCCCAAGAAGUUUGAUAUCCCAUCAGAAAGCCGCUAAUUCCUGGCGCACAGCAUCAGCUCGCUACGUCUUCCAGCAGAACUUUGGCUUUCCCCGGAGUCCUCCUGUCCAAGUGCCAGGACCCCAUCUCCAAACCCGUUAGCAAGCUACAGCACCACAUACGUGGAUCUAUGUCAUCGAUGUAUAGCUAUGUUAGAGUAUUGGGUGUGGACAUAUUUAACAGACUGGCAGGUGAGGUGGCUCUUGGUUGGUGACAGAUAAACUGAAAUUACUGCCUUUGUGUGAAUGAGAGACAACCUGGUUUUCGUUCUUAAAUCUUACAAUUGUGAGGAUGUGGCAAUGAAGGCAAAGCAAGAUUUUUUGGAAUAUUGCAGACCUCAGUGCAGUAAGUGUGUUCAGUUUGGUUUGCAACAGGUUCUGAAUAAUUUAAGUAGGUUGGGUUACAUGUUAUGACUAGAUUACUGGCUUGAAGCCAGCAGGUAGCUGUGAUUACAUUUGUAAGGGGAAGCUGCUUAGCAUACCACGGCGACAGAAAAAAACCACGAGCGAUGUGCUUGCAUUGAUGUGACGUGCCAACAGUAGGCCUAAAUGUUCUUUUGGGGUUUUAAUUAAGCGAUAUGCAUGUUAAUGACAUUUAUUUUGGCUUUCGUGAAUGGGAUGUGUUCAUUUAAGUUUUUAAAAUUCAUUUUAACAUAAAAUGUUUUUUAAAGGAUUUUCCACACGGCACACCUGACCUUGCCUGAUGGCGCACCAGAGCGCCGCGGCACAGCGGUUGGGAAACGCUGCUCUAUGGAGUCAUUUAGGGUCACGACCAUGGGUGGCUCACACAGUUUUAAAUGCGCUCUAUUUUUUUGGUGCAGUAUUCGAAGGCGGCGUGAAUAGCUUUUCUGGUGCUAAUUUCUAUUGUUUUUGCCUCCAGGCCGCAACUGC